AUGACGUACCAGCGGACACAGACGGGGCCAGUGCUGCAGCACUGCGUUUGUGCAAGGCAAAGCAAGCAGGCAGCAGAGGAAACAGCAUAUAAAACACAGAGGUUGGAGAGAGUGGGGGGUUCGAAGACGGCUAACGGCACAGAUCAGAUGACAAGCAGAGAAGACUCGGUGUAUCUUGCAAAGCUUGCGGAGCAGGCAGAGCGCUAUGAAGGUGAGGACAGAGACUUACGGGACGUAAGCUUAGAGGCCAGAAAUGGUCGAGAACAUGAAGGUGGUGGCGUCGGCGGACCAGGAACUUACGGUGGAAGAAAGGAAUCUGCUGUCAGUGGCGUACAAAAACAAGGAGGAGAACAAGGGGAACACGGAGCAGGCAAAGUUGAUCAAGGAGAAGGGCGAUUACUACCGGUACCUGGCAGAGUUUGCGACGGGCGAGAAGCGGAAGAGCUCAUCGGACCUGUCGCUGAAGGCGUACAAGGAUGCAUCAGAGAUAGCGGUCCAGGAGUUGCCGCCGACGCACCCGAUCCGGCUGGGGCUGGCGCUGAAUUUCUCGCGAAGCAGGCGUUUGACGAUGCGAUUGCAGAGUUGGAUACUCUAUCGGAAGAGUCGUACAAAGACUCCACUCUGAUUAUGCAACUGUUGAGGGAUAAUCUUACACUGUGGACGUCAGACAUGCAGGACUCGAACGAGAAGUGUGACUCAAAAGAAAGAGUCUUGGAGACCCCGGACCAGGGAAAAGGCCCUGAGGGAGAAGGCUCAAAGACAGAGGAUAUGUAG